UUUGGUGAAACUUAUUUUGAUUUCAUUUUAUAUUCAGUUGAACAAGAAAUGCUCUGUAUCCCCUGGACAAUUUACGCUGAAGCAUGCUCAAAAGAUGGAGAAAAGAUUGAAAAAUCAGCGCCUUCGUCAGAGUUUAUUUACUUCCAAAAGGCGACGACUGAAACUCAAGUCUUUGAGGGCAAUGAAAAACUCCACACAGUCUGUAUUAGAAGGUGAUACAUACCAGUCCAAGAUUGGCAUUGAAGAAGAUUUAGAUCUUGAGGACAUUGAUCUCACUCCAGUAUCUUUUCCAAAGGAUGGUAGUGAAAUUAUUUUUGACUUGGAAACUACUGGUCUGGCUCGGACAUCUGAUAUUAUUCAGAUAGCAGCAGCCUCUGGAGACGAGGAAUUCAGUAUAUAUAUGACCCCAACGACAGAAAUUAGUAUUGGAGCUUCUGAGGCCACAGGUUUAACUUAUGUUGGAGGUGUCCUGAAACACAGAGGCCAGGCCGUGAGUUGUGUUACUCCCCAGGAAGGACUUUCCCAGUUUCUGAAUUUCAUCAAGAAGUUUUCAAAGCCAAUUCUGGUGGGACAUAACAUUCAGAGUUUUGAUUUGCCAGUCUUAAUAAACCAACUUUCUAGAUAUAAAUUAUAUACAGAUUUCCAGAAAACAGUGUUUGGAUUCAUUGACACAUUAAAGGUAGCAAAGAGAACAUGGAAAAGGCCUGAAGUUGAGAACUACAAGCAAGAAACAUUGGUCAGAACUUUUCUGGACUUGAAAUAUGAUGCUCAUAAUGCUUUGGCCGAUGUACAAUCCCUGCAAAGAUUGUAUAAGAAGAUGAUGGCAAACUGUCUUCUUUCAAGUGAUCUAUUUACUCUUAAUUACUAUGCAUGUAAGCAAUCACUUGACCCUUUAGUGAAAGACAAAGUAAUUUCAAGCCAAACAAUGAAGAAACUUCUUCAGUGUUCACUCAGUUUGCCCAAACUUAGAAGUAUUCAUAAGCGUGAUACUUUUAAUGGAAUUAGAAAUGUGUUUGUGGAGCAAUGUGAAGGGACAAAGGUCCCUAGAAUCUCCAAGUCUAAGGCAGUUAUUGACAAACUCAUUACAUAUCUGAAUACAUAA